AUGACUACCCUUCCCUCCUUCGUUGAGCUCAUGGCGUCCCUGGGUCUGGAUAACACCCUCGAUCGCGGCUCCGACCCCUCUUGUCCUCGCUCAUUACGGCCCCCCUCCUCAGUCGCCCCAACCCCCAACCCUCCACGGUCCUUGAGUGGACCUGCUUCGUUCCAAACCGCGCCUUCGAUAGUCAUGUCAGAUCAUGACGCUCCUUAUUUAAAGAACUCAGACCUAGAGGAGUCUUGCUUCAUCCGAGGCCAAUACGUUCGCAGGUUCGCUCCGUAUUCACCCCGCAUUUCGCAUGUGAGGAACCGAAGUGUUCCCGCGCCUUUCAAUGACGGAUUGGAAGGAACGGGCCUUGGACGUCCCGUGUCAACAUCCCCGCGUCUUGCCGCUACCGCCGUCCGUUCCAGGCCGUCCAAUCUCGACCUCAAAGAGAAGUCGAGACGUAGGGCAUCGACUCUGCACGCAGAGACAAUCGCUGGCACGCCGAUAUCGACAUUCGUGCGUCGAAAGACGCCAUGCGCAUCCCCUACAUCUCCCGACUUUCCCCAUCGCUCCGUCAGAACCCCUCCUGCUGACCCAUCCGCUCCUGUUUCCCUUCCGUCAAUUCCCCCUCUUCCGCCAAUGCCAUAUUCCUACUCACCAACGUCAUCAGACCACCCGGCGACGUCACGCUCAGAUUCCGUCUCACCCCGACCGCUAGAGUGGCACCGGCCUGGCGCCCAUCUGGCGUCUGUUUUAUUUCGUAAACUAU